UGACGCACUCAUAACUGUAAGCUCAGCACGCACACUAGUCUUGAUCAUAGCGUUCCUGAUUCUGCUCACAGUCGACACCAAAGAAGAAUGAUGACAAGAAAGCCUGGUAAGAGCUUCAGAAAGCUGGUGCGGCGGGGAAACAGUGUCCGAGACUCUCUGUGGGGAAAACUGACCCUACGCCACAAGCCCCACGGCCAUGUCUACCCAGACCCUGGGGAUCAUGACUUGAAUUCAAAUCAAGGACAGGAUCUGAUGGUUAAUCAGUCAGAACCGCCACUAGGUUGCCCUGCCUCUCUACGGAGAUCUCUUGUAUUGGAGAAAGAAGAUGAUGAAACGUUUGGGUUUGAAAUUAUGUGUAACGACAGUCCAGCAGAGGACUUGAGAGUGUCUGUGAGUUGCGUGAACCCAGACAGCCCAGCUGAGAAAGCUGGCUUGAAGCCUGGGGAUGUCCUAGUGUCGGUAAAUGAUGUGUGUAUAACAGAAUUCCCUCAUCAGCAUCUCACUGACACCAUUCUGAAUUCUGGCCUCAGCAUCAGGUUGGAAACAGUUAGUGCAGUCAUGGCUAAGCAACUGGAGUUGAAGAGGAGAUUGUGGGAGCUGAAGUGUCGUCUAAAAGAGAAGUCAACCGAGUUCUACGGGCUGUGUUCAAGAGAAGAACAAUUAACUGGAGAAAAGCUGGGGAAUCGUCUGCUUGGGGAGUCCCAGAUGUCCCUGAGCUCCUCACCUGGGGACGAUGGCAGCUCUCUCCGAAGCAGCGGAAGCAGCGGAAGCCGCCUGAGCGCUUGGGGCAGCGCGGACGCCAGCUCGCUGUGUUCGGCGUUGGAGGACCUCUCCUUCAGGCCGCUCGCCGCCGCUGACCCCUCCAACGGAGAGAACCGGCAUUCGUUGACGUUCUUGGAUUCAGCCCACCUGGCGCACCUCGACGUUCCCUCUCCACUGUGCUUGAGUUCCUCGGAACUCUCCACCCAGCUGUCCUUCUACAGAAGCCCGGCAAAGCGACGAUCCAAGCAGGGUGGUGGCCGGAACCGGUUCACCCGUGUCUUUUCAAACUCUCAGGGCUCUGUGGCGGAGGAAGGGGUCAAGGUGGAUGUAUGACAAGGACUCAGGCAUCUAUGUUUAUUCUACACUGUAAAGUUCACAUGUGCUAAAAGUGUUCAACUUCAAAAGAUCUUCAAGAGUUUGAUCUGAAGACAGUAACGAGCUCUAGCCUAUAGUUUGUUUUAACACUUAGUCAAACGGGACCAUAUCAACUCAGAAAGGUGUUGAAAACAACUCUUAAAGAGAGAACUGCUUGAUUUCACUGUACACUGGUUGAUUCUACUCUGUAGCAACUACAUUCUCAUAAGCAUAUCUGCUCGACUGACCCAUGAUCUGGGUGUUGCUGUCUGGCACCAAGUACCAGAUGAGCUACAGAAAAGAAAAAUCAACGAUACAUAUGAUACAACACCGUUCGUGGAGUGUAAAAACAGUUUAAGAGGACUGGUCUAAUUUUUGUGAAUGUAGGCCUACGCACCGCCAUCUUGUCUGGUGUAGCCAGUUCCUGAUUGCAGUGGAAGCUGAUUGUUGCAGCAUAUAUGCUCUGCAAACCGAACGCUUCAGUUACAUAACUGCUGUAGCCUGUAGUGAUACUGUCUGCUGUCUGUCUGUCUCUAUGGCAUGUCUUCUGAAGCUACUCUGAUGCUGGGGCUUUGAGACAUCACAUUAUGGAGCACUUGGCUGAGACAUGUAGAGAUGGUGUUCCUAAAACCAUUGCUCCUGCAGAGUGUUUGUGACUGGUUAUUUUCACACCAUUUCUUGUUAUUAUUGUCAAGUUGUAAAUACUGCAAUGUUAAUGCAAGUCAGUCAGCCAGUCAUUCUAAGAAAGCCUAUACUGUCUUUGUUGUAAUUUAUUCUGUUAUUUAAUUCUAUUUAUAUGUCCUCUCAUGUCUGCACACUAGUUUGAUUAAAACAGUCCAUCUGA